AUGGCGACGUCUCGAUUAUCCUCCGACAGUACUGGUGGACACGCCAAAGAAGGUGCCUUUCAAAUCGAACAUGGGCAGGCCGGAUCUGAAGCCGGCUAUGUUGAGGGCACUGAUAACGCCGGGCUCGUGUCCCUGGGAUACACACCAACGUYGACUCGAAAUCGAACGCUCGCAACUGUCCUCUUCCAAACCAUCGCCAUUAUCGCGGUUCCAUUCGGUGAAGGCACUGCCCUCAACAGCGCAAUUAUCGGAGGGGGUCAGCUUCCGUACUUUGUAGGAUGGAUCUUGGUUUCCUUCUUGGACAUGACAGUAGCUAUGAGUCUGGCAGAGCUCGCCUCCAAAUUUCCUACAUCCGCCGGGCCGUAUUACUGGGUAUAUCGACUGAUGCCAGAAGGCCAAACACGGACGACAUUGUCAUUCAUCACCGGCUGGAUAUGGCUAGUUGGGAACUGGACCAUUGCACUCUCCGUCAACUUUGGUUUUGCAUCUCUGAUUGCCGGCACCGUCACCAUGUAUCAUCCGGACUGGGCUGCGACACAAUGGCAACUUCUCCUGAUAUUCUACGCAAUUUGCAUCGGAGUCUUCGCUGUCGUGGCUUUUGGGAAUCGUAUUCUGCCAUACGUGGACACGGUCGCCGCAGGCUGGAACGUAAUCUGCAUUCUGGUUGUGUUCCUAGGAUUAUCGAUCUCCGCAAAGCUGGGGCGACACAGUGCAGCUGAUGCACUCGCGCAUUAUGAUACUACGCUGAGUGGAUGGGGCAACUGGAGCUUUGCCAUCGGUCUACUUCCCGCGGCAUAUACCUACGCAGCACUAGGCAUGAUAACGAGUAUGGCCGAAGAAGUCAGCGAGCCAGAACGUAUGCUUCCAAAAGCACUGUGCUUCAGUAUUCCAUUAUCCGCAGUCAUGGGACUAUUCUACAUCCUACCAAUAUGCUUCACGCUUCCGCCGCUCGAAGAUGUCCUCGGCGCACCGGCUGCUCAGGGACUUCCAUACAUUUUCAAUCACGUAAUGGGGAGCCCUGGAGGCGGUCUUGGACUGAUGUUUACCGUCUUGGGAGUGGCUGCAUUCUGUUCCAUCAGCAUCACGACUACCGCAUCUCGAUGCACGUGGGCCUUUGCGAGAGAUCGAGCAAUCCCCUUCUCAGGCCUCUGGUCUAAACUGGCCUUUGGCGACACUCCUCUAUUGGCACUCCUCCUCACCACAGUCGUGCAAAUGCUUCUCGGUCUCAUCAAUCUAGGCUCCACCAGUGCUUUCACAGCAUUCGCCUCCGUCGGUGUGAUUGGCCUUGCGGCAGCAUAUGCCAUACCAGUGGCAGUGRGCAUGGUUGAAGGGCGCCGAGCCGUAUCAACAGCAUCCUUCCGCUUCCCAUCCAUUAUCGGAUGGAGUGUCAAUGCACUCAUGGUAUUAUGGAUUGCCUUCCAAAUGGUACUGUUCUCGAUGCCAGGGACUUUACCUGUGACGGCCACGAGCAUGAAUUAUGCGAGUGUUGUGUUUGUCGGGUUCUUUGUGCUUAGUACUGUUUAUUAUGUGGUUUGGGCCCGAAAAGUGUACGUGGGACCUGCGAAAUCCGACUUGGCGUGA